AUGUGGGCUGCGGCAACAAAACCAUUCAUCAAGUUCCAUUUCCACAGACACACUCUUCCACUUCUUCUAAUGGCGAACCAAGCAUCACUUUCCUUCUCCUCUGGGUCUCCCGUUCACGCGCCUCUGAAGCGCGUGGGCACGCACAAUGGAAGCUUUCACUGCGACGAGGCCCUUGGCUGCUUCAUGAUUCGUCUCACUCACCAGUUCAAUAACGCUGAAAUCGUUCGCUCCCGAGACCCUCAGGUGUUGGAGGGUCUUGAUGCUGUUCUUGAUGUUGGGGGAGUCUAUGACCCUGCCCGAGAUCGGUAUGAUCAUCAUCAGAAAGGUUUUGAAGAAGUAUUUGGACAUGGUUUCUCCACGAAAUUGAGCAGUGCUGGUCUUGUUUAUAAGCAUUUUGGAAAGGAGAUUAUAGCCAAAGAACUCAAGGUAGAUGAGGAACACCAAGAUGUGCAUCACAUAUAUUUGGCUGUUUACAAGAGCUUCAUGGAGGCAAUUGAUGCUAUAGACAAUGGAAUCAAUCGAUAUGAUACAGACCAGCCUCCAAAAUAUGUGAAUAAUACUCAUUUAUCCUCGAGAGUAGGAAGGCUAAAUUUGGACUGGACAGAUCCUGAUCAAUCAGCUGAGAAAGAAAAUGAGGCCUUUCAACGUGCCAUGGCUCUUGCUGGCAGUGAAUUUCUAGAUAGUGUGCGAUUUCAUGUAAAGUCAUGGUUACCGGCAAGGUCAAUAGUAAUGGAGACCAUAGCGGCUAGACAGACUGUUGAUCCUAGUGGAGAAAUUCUAGUGUUGACUAAAUUUUGUCCUUGGAAGCUUCACUUAUUCGAGCUUGAGGGGGAGUUGAAAAUAGACCCUCCAAUCAAAUAUGUUCUGUAUCAGGAUGAAAGAAGCAAACAAUGGAGAGUGCAGGCAGUUGCAGUAUCUCCUGACAGUUUUGAGAGCCGAAAGGCUCUACCCUCACAGUGGCGAGGGUUAAGGGAUGAAGAAUUGUCCAAAGAGGCUGGCAUUCCAGGCUGUGUUUUUGUGCAUAUGAGUGGAUUUAUUGGUGGAAACCAAAACUUUGGUGGUGCCUUGGCCAUGGCAAGGGCUGCUUUGAAGAUGUAG